AUGAGCUACAAAGCCCCCGACCACUUCUACCGCAGAGACCGAGAAGCAAACAGAGAUAUAAAUAGAGAAAUAAAUAGAGAAAGAGACAGAGAAAGAGACAGAGACAGAGAAAGAGAAAGAGAGAGAGAAAGAGAGAGAGAAAGGGAAAGAGAGAGAAGUCGCUGGGGCGGAGACUCGUACCGAGACAGAGACAGAGACGGACGCUGGGAGAGACGCAGCUCGCGGCGGUACGAAGGAGCAGCAGCAGCAAAGUACAGCAGCAGCAGCAGCAGCAGCAGCAAGUACGGCAGCAACGGGAAGUACGCGAGCAGCAGCAGCAGCAGCAGCAGCAGCAGCAGCAGCAGCAGCAGGUUUGCUGCUCGUCGGCGUUCGCGGAGCUGGGAGCGGGGGGAGCAGCAGCAGCGGCGGCGGCGGAGCAGCAGCAGCAGCAGCAGCGAGGAGCCGGGCGCAGCAGCAGCAGCAGCAGCAGCAGCAGCAGCAGCAGCAGAGGGCGACGAGGAGCAGCUGCUGCAGCAGCUAAUGGGCUUCAGCAACUUCUCAACUUCCAAAAAUAAAGUUCAUCUUUCUUCAGACCUUUCGGGAGUUAGCAAAAGGUCCAAAAGAAAGUACAGACAAUACAUGAACAGAAAAGGAGGUUUCAACAGGCCCCUUUCCCCCGUCUUCUAA